AUGGCCGUCACCAAGGUCCACGCUCGCUCCGUCUACGACUCCCGCGGUAACCCCACCGUCGAGGUUGACGUCGUUACCGAGACUGGCCUCCACCGCGCCAUUGUCCCGUCUGGCGCCUCUACCGGCCAGCACGAGGCAUGUGAGCUCCGCGACGGCGACAAGUCCAAGUGGGGCGGCAAGGGCGUCACCAAGGCCGUUGACAACGUCAACACUGUCAUUGGCCCUGCCCUGAUCAAGGAGAACCUCGAUGUCAAGGACCAGUCCAAGGUCGACGCUUUCCUCAACGGCCUUGAUGGCACCCCCAACAAGACCAAGCUCGGCGCCAACGCCAUCCUCGGCGUCAGCUUGGCCAUUGCCAAGGCUGGUGCUGCUGAGAAGGGUGUCCCUCUGUACGCCCACAUCUCCGACCUCGCGGGCACCAAGAAGCCCUACGUCCUCCCCGUUCCCUUCAUGAACGUCCUUAAUGGCGGCUCCCACGCCGGUGGCCGUCUUGCCUUCCAGGAGUUCAUGAUCGUCCCCAGCGCCGCCCCCUCCUUUUCCGAGGCCAUGCGCCAGGGCGCCGAGGUCUACCAGCAGCUCAAGAGCCUGGCCAAGAAGAAGUACGGUCAGUCUGCCGGCAACGUCGGCGACGAGGGUGGUGUCGCUCCCGAUAUCCAGACCGCUGCCGAGGCUCUGGACCUCAUCACCGAGGCCAUUGAGAAGGCUGGCUACACUGGCAAGAUGAACAUCGCCAUGGAUGUUGCCUCCAGCGAGUUCUACAAGGAGGCCGAGAAGAAGUACGACCUCGACUUCAAGAACCCCGAGAGCGACCCCACCAAGUGGAUCACGUACGAGGAGCUCGCUGCCAUGUACUCGGAUCUCUGCAAGAAGUACCCCAUCGUCUCCAUCGAGGACCCCUUCGCCGAGGACGACUGGGAGGCCUGGAGCUACUUCUACAAGUCUGAGAACAUCCAAAUUGUUGGCGAUGACCUGACGGUCACCAACCCCCUCCGUAUCAAGAAGGCCAUCGACCUCAAGGCCUGCAACGCCCUGCUGCUCAAGGUCAACCAGAUUGGCACCCUGACUGAGUCGAUCCAGGCCGCCAAGGACUCGUACGCCGACGGCUGGGGCGUCAUGGUCUCUCACCGCUCCGGUGAGACUGAGGACGUCACCAUUGCCGACAUCGUCGUUGGUAUCCGAUCUGGCGAGAUCAAGACGGGUGCCCCCUGCCGCUCUGAGCGCCUGGCCAAGCUCAACCAGAUCCUCCGCAUCGAGGAGGAGCUGGGCGACCAGGCGAUCUACGCCGGCGCCAACUUCCGCACGUCGGUUAACCUGUAA